AUGGAGCCUGUAUCUGAAGAGGAAUGGAGUGGAAUGUAUUCCACUGAUCAGGAGGCUUAUUUCAUGGCUCAGUUGCUUUGGCAGCCUAAUAACAUUGACAAUACUACUACUUCAAUGUAUUUUUCUAGUUAUAAUGGUUGUAGUGGUUCUCAAUUUUCCCUUCCAAGUCAUGAAAGCUACUACCAGAGUCAUGUUCGGUCAAUCUUGACGAGAAAUGGAAGUUCAAUAACAAAGGAACAUAGUAUGGUGGAAGGUGAAAACACAAGUUCACCCUCUCAGGUGCCUACUAAUUACAAUCUAAUUGAAGUGGAUGACUUCCUCAACCAAGAUGUGAGCAAUGAUAGCAUGGAGUCUGGUGAAAACAUUCCUAAAGAUGUAUUGCAGCUAGGAAGAGAUGUUGAACUAGUGCGAAAACUUCUGCAAGACAAAGUACUGGAUAGUCCACCAGAGAGAUCUAAACAAAAGAGAUGCCGCGGGUUGCUUGAGGAUGUCCCAAAGAACAAGAGAAGCGUAAAGCUGAAAAAGACUAGAGAGAUUGAUGGGGAAAACAAGGCUGCACUGCAGAGGCAGAACUCUAUUAGUUGCUGCUCAGAAGAUGAAUCUAUUAAUGUACCUAAAUCAAGAGCUUGCAGAGGUUCAGCAACUGACCCCCAGACCUUGUAUGCAAGGAAAAGAAGAGAGAGAAUUAAUCAAAGAUUGAGGAUCUUGCAGAGUCUAGUCCCUAAUGGAACCAAGGUUGAUAUUAGCACCAUGCUUGAAGAGGCAGUCCAGUAUAUCAAUUUUUUGCAACUUCAAAUUAAACUUUUGAGCUCUGAUGACCUAUGGAUGUAUGCUCCGAUUGCGUACAACGGAAUGGACAUUGGCCUAAAUCUGAAGAUAGGAACUCCAAAAUCAUAA